AUGAAUCAUACAAGGGCUUUACACUUUGUUAUCAAAGUGGCCAAUCGUAAUGAAACAAUUGAUUUUUACAAACGGAUUCUUGGAAUGAAGGUGUUACGACAUGAAGAAUUUACUGAAGGUUGUAAAGCUUCAUGUAACGGACCAUAUGAUGGGAAGUGGAGCAAAACCAUGAUAGGUUAUGGACCUGAGGAUAAUCAUUUUGUUGUUGAAUUGACUUAUAAUUAUGGGAUUGGUGCUUAUCAACUUGGUAAUGAUUUCCAGUAUAUUCUUAUUCAUAAUAAGGAUGCAUAUUCAAGAAUUAUCGGUGGAUCAUGGCCUAUCACAUUGAAAGAGUCGAAUUCAGUAAAAGUGGAAGCUCCUGGUGGAUAUGCAUUUUGGGUGCAUAACAGUGAUAGUAACGGGGAUCCAGUCCAAAUGGUGGCUUUAUCUACUUCAAAUCUCAAACGAUCCAUUGAUUAUUGGUCUCAUAAACUUAGUAUGACACUUGUGUCAUCUAGCUCAGAUGAAGCGGUGCUUUGUUAUUCACCAAAUCAGUGUAGUUUAAAACUAAUUUCCAUUCAAAAGCCCAUUGAUCAUGCCAGCGCAUUCGGUCGUAUAGCUUUUGCAUGCCCAACUAGUCAAUUACCAAUCUUACAACAAACAAUGGAUUCACAAAAUGAAACGAUUCUUACUCGUCUAGUCAGCUUGGAUACGCCAGGAAAAGCUACUGUACAAGUGAUUAUUUUAGCUGAUCCAGACGGUCAUGAAAUCUGUUUUGUUGGAGAUGAAGCUUUUAGACAGUUGUCAAAAGUGGAUUCACAAGCGGAUAAUCUACUACAAUCAGCUAUAGCCUCAGAUAAAAGUGAUGAAUGGUUCAAUAAACAUGGAGGCAAGACAACGAAAUAA